AAGACUUUUAAAUUCAUUAGUGAAGGUGAAACUAGUGAUGAAGAUAGUGAUGUUCAAAAACCUAUUGUUCAAACACAAAAUCAUAGGGUUAUUGCAAAAGAUGAAUUAAAUUAUGAAAGCAGCAGUUCAAACACUAGUAAAUACAAGCAAUUUGGAGAAAGUAGUGAAACUUCAGAAUGGCAAUCAGACUGGAGUAGUUCAUCAGAAUUAGAAAAAAAAUCUCCUGUCAGACGAAAAAUUCUUGGCAAACCAAAAGCCAAAAAACCACCAAAAAUUAUAUCAGAUACAGAUUCAGAUAAUAAUGAUGAUCAAGUAGAAAAAUGUCCAAUUUGUUUACUUCCUUUUAAAAGACAGCAAUUGGGCACUCCUUCUUCCUGUGAACAUUGUUUUUGUUUAGAAUGUUUAAUUGAAUGGAGUAAAAAUAUAAAUACUUGUCCAGUAGAUCGACAAACUUUUACAAUAAUUCAUGUCAGAGAUAAACUUGGUGGUCAGAUAAUAAGAAGUGUUCCAGUUGAAGUCGCUUCCAGUGAAGAAGAAAAUUUGGAUGAUCUUACAUUUUGUGAAGUAUGCCAUCAAAGUAAUAGAGAAGAUCGUAUGCUUCUUUGUGAUGGUUGUGAUUGUGGUUAUCAUUUAGAAUGUUUGACUCCUCCAUUGAACGAAGUACCUAUAGAAGAAUGGUUUUGCCCAGAAUGUUCUCAGAAUAGACAAAUCAAUGCAGAAGUUGUCAAAAUUGAUAUGAACGAAAUCAUAAAUCCAAUAGAAGAAGCUCGUAGACUUGGUGUUACUUAUGGAAGAAUUCGAAUUAAUGCGCUAGAUUCUUAUCCAAGAAUUAUACCUCGUACUAGACAUACAGAACGUGUUAGAGCUACUAUUCGCAGAAGAAAUAAACUAGAUGAUAAUAUACAAUUAACUCGUCAAAUACCAUUUGAUCCAAAUCAACCUUCUACUUCAUCUGGUUUGGAGUCUUUUGGAGAUAAAAGUCAGAGUCGAUCCCCAAGCAAUGCCUCUAGUUCUUUAGGUUCUGGAGAUCGUAAUUGUUCAAACAGAUAUUUUAGAAAAUCACGAAAAUAUAGAAGUAGUUCUAGUGAUUCUAGUGAUGAAAGUAUUUCCAGAAAGUCUCGAAAAAGAAUUAAUAAUAAAAAUAAUUCUGAAAAUUCAAAUAAUAAUAAAUCUAAAAAGAAAAGUAAUAAUAAACAAUCUGGAGGUAGCUCGCGAAAAAAUGAAACUAGAAAUAAUUCAAGAAAAUCUGGAAAAUCUAAAAAUGUUUCUAGUAAGGAAACUCUAUUAAGGGAAGUUAGAAUUAUAGAAUGUAAUGAAAAUGGAGAAAAAGAAGAAACUGUAACACAUGUCAGAGUAGCUUCAAUUACAUUAAGAAAAAGAAGAAGAACAAAAAGGAGAAAGAGAAAAAAUCGUAGACGUCGAGCUAGAACUUUAUCCAGUGUUUUAACUAAUACCAAAAAAAGACUUGCAGUUGCUUUGGGUAUUUGUAAACCAGUUAAAAAUGUCCCUAGUUUGUUACCUAGUAUUAGAAAUCAGCAAAUUAUAUCAGAUAGAUCUGCAUUAACCAUUGCCCGAUAUAAUGCUGGAAUCUCAAGACUUAGUAUUUUUGGAGAGAGUUUGCAUUUGGAUUAUACUCCUCCGGAAUCAGAUACAGAAGAUUAUCAUGCAAUUGUUGGUCCUACUGUAACUGUUCAAAGACAUUCUAUAAUUUCUUCUCGAAGACAUUUACGUUUAAAAAAUAUUGUUACUCCUCAACCACAACCUCAACCUGAUCUUCUAAGUAAUAUAAUAAAGGAUCAAGAGAUUUGGCAUUCAAAUAAUAAUAAUGUAACUAUAAAAGCAAAUGGACUUCUUUUAAUUGAAGAAAAGGAAACAUUGAAUGAUUUGAAAAAAGAAAAAUUAAAAGAAAAAGGACUAUCCAAAAAUGAAGAAGUAGAAUCAAUUGUAGAAAACAGAGUUUCUAGAGUUGAUACUUCAUUAGAAGUUUCUAGAAUUGACACUCCACUAGAAAUUUCUAGGAUCAAUCCAGAAUCAAUUAUACAAGCUCCAAUGUAUAACAAUCCCUGUGGAGGAGGAAACAGAGGCAAUUUUAGAGGUAGUUAUAGGGAUAAUACAAGGCAUAAUCAUGGAGGGCAAAAUUAUGGAAGAGAUUCCUUAAGUGGAAGUGGAAGACAUAAUUAUGGAGGAAGUGGUGGAAAUUUUGGAAGAGAUUUUGGACAACCUCCGUUUUAUAAUCCAAAUUUUGAACAUUGUGGACCUCCAAUGUUUGGAGGUAAUCCUCCAUUCAGAAAUCGAAAUCCUCAACAUUUUAGAAAUGAAAGAUUCCGUUUUAUACCUUCAGGAAGACCACAAUUUAAUUUUGCUGAAGGUUUAUCUGAGCAUCAUACUUUUUCUGAAAGAUAUAAUCGUCCAAGAUCUCCACAAGUUUCUAAUGAACGUCCUCAAAAUAAUAUGCCACCAAAUUUACCGGAAGAUACUCCAAGAAGCGAAUCUAUUGAGCAACAAUCACAAGAUAUUGAAAAUGUCUCUAUUAGACAAGAAGAGGAUUGUGAUAUUUAUUGCGAUAUUGAAACAAAGUCUGAUGGAGAACUUCAAGAUCAACAAAAUAGUUCUAUGGCAUUAUUACCACCACCAGAACCUCCAUCAGGACUUUUAGAUUUUGAAGAAAAUUCUAAGAGUGAUAAAGAUAGUGAUCAAGAAUUAGUUAUCGAUGAUAGUCAAAAAGAAGAUAUUCCAAAGAAUGAUAAGUAUGAUCCUUUUUCUGUGGAUAGUGAUAGUGAUAGUGAAACAAAGAAAAAUGAAGAAAUUAUGGAAGAAAAAAAAGAAGAACAAAUUGCAAAAGAUAUAGCUCAAGCAGAAACUUCAGAUACAUCUAUUCGUUUAUCAACUUAUGAUGAUGAAGAAGAAGAAGAUUCUCAAGCUGAUUGUCCAAAUUUCUCUAUUUAUUCUUCUCAAACAAUUGAUGUAGCACGGCAUACAGAACAACAAUUAUCUCAACAAAUAGGACCGCUUCAACCACCUCCUCUUCCUCCUUCUAUUCCAGAUGAUGAUGAUGUUAUUGUUGGUGAUGUUCAGGCUUGCGAUUUAACUGAAAUUCCAGAACCAUCAGACCCAUAUGUUGAAGCUUUGAGAAAAGAAAGGCAAACUUUAAGUAAAAUUCCACCAAAGAAAAUUUCUCAUGAUAGUAGAGGAAAGAUUACAUUUAAAAUUGGUUCUAAAUUGAAGAUUAAUAAUAGAUUGUUAGGAUUACAGGAGGAAGAAAAAGAGAGUAAUGAUGAUAAGAAAAAAGAAAUCGAACUUAUAAAAGAAGAAGAAACCUCUGUUGAUCGUGAAGAAGAACGAAAAAAAAUUACUAAAAGCAAAUAUGAAGAAGAAAUUCAAUUAAAAGGAGAUAAAGAGCAAAAUAUAAAAGAAAUUCUAAUACCUGUAAUUCCUUUAAAUUUGAAAGAAAAAAACACAAAUAAAAAAGAAAAAGAGAAAGAAUGGAUAGAAAAAUCUAAAGAUAAUGCAACAGAGAAUGAUUCAAAUGUAAUCAUUACUACAGAAAUAACUCAAUUAUCUCCUAAAAGAUUAGAAAAUGAAAUUAUUAGUGAAUGUCUAUCUGAAGAAGGAAGUAAAACUUUUACUUUAUUUCAUAAACCAUCAAAAAUUGAUCUUGAAAAAAAAGAUUCUAAAAAAGAAUCAAAAAAUAAAAAAGAAUAUAUUACAGUAAAAAUUAAAAAUCCAUAUGAUUAUGAAAGCGAAAAAGAUGAUAAACAUGAUAAAGGAAAAGAAGAAAAUGGCGAUGAUGAUGAUGAUGAUGAUGAUGAUGAUGAUGAUGAUGAUGAUGAAGAGGAAGAAGAAGAGGAAGAGGAAGAGGAAGAGGAAGAAGAAGAAGAAGAAGAAGAAGAAGAAGAAGAAGAAGAAGAAGAAGAAGAAAGAUUUCCUAUAGAAAAAGAAAAAUCUAGUAAAAAAAAUAUAAUUGAGAAAGAUAUUGAUAAAAACACAUGGGAGUCUGAUGGAGCUUAUACUCCUUGCAAAGAUGAACUUCCCUUAAAAGAAUCAAAAUCUUCUUCCGAACAAUUGCCAUCUAUUGAAAGUGGAUUAGAGCCAAUUACACCAACAAAAGAUAAACCUGAUGAUUUAGAUAGUUGUAGGACUCCAGUAGAUUAUAAUGUUUUAGGCACAGAAGCUAUUUCAGAAACAGAUGAAGCAAUGAAUUUUGAAGAUGAGUUAACUUUAUUGAGUUUACGAAAGGAAAAAGAAAUGGAAGAUGGAGAAAUCAUUGAAGAAAAAAUUAUGAAGGAAGGAGAUAAAGUUGAAAAAGAAAAAGAAGAGGAAAAGAAACGGAAGAAAAAGGAAAAGAAAGAAAAAAGUAAAGAAACAGAAAAAAAUAAAGAAAAUAUUGCUUCAGAAAAUCAAGUAGCAUGGAAAAAACUUUCAAAAAAUACAAAAGAAAGAUCUUAUAGAGACAAAGAAAAAAGAUCAAAAUCGAAGGAAAGAGAAAAAUUAAAGAAAAAGAAAGAAGUAGUAAAAAAGAAAGAAAAAAGAAAAGAAUUACCAAGAUAUGAUGUUAGAAAAAUUGUUGCAGAAAGACCUUCAAGACCUAGAAAAGAUGAAUAUGGUAGAGAUAUUAGAGAAAAAUCAAGACAAAGAAGUAAAUCUAAAAGUUGUAAUUCGUCAAAACGUUCUAGAUCAUAUUCCAAGAUUCGCUCUAGAAGUAGAUCUAGAACUAGAUUACAAAGAUCAUGGUCGAGAGAUCAUAGAUCUUAUUCUAAAUCUCUUUCCAGACGAAGAUCUGUUUCUCGUGGAAGACGUAAAUCGCCUAAAAGAAGAUCAAUUUCUAGAAGAAGAUCUUCUUCGAGAAAACGAUCCCUUUCUAGAAGAAGAUCAAGAUCUGUUUCUAGAAAACGAAGAUCUUUAUCGAGAAGAAGAUCCAGGCGAUCAAUCUCGAGAUCUAGACAAAGAAGAUCUAUAUCACGAUCUAGAAGAUCACUAUCUAGAUCUCGCGAUAGACGUAAAGACAAGAAAAAGUACAAAUCUCGAAGUCGAUCGAGAAACAGAAAAAAAUCUCGAUCGAAAUCACCUAGAAAGUCUUCGAAAUCCAGAGAAAGAAAACAUUCGAAGAGAAAAGCACAAAGUCGAUCAAGAUCAAAAGGAAGAUCUUGUUCCAGAAAUUGGGAACAAGUUGAUAAAAUUGUAGAACAAGAGUUUUCUAGAGAAAGAGAAGAAAGAGAAUCUUGGAGUGCACAAUGGACACCAUCUUGGUCAAGAUCUAGAUCAAAAACACCACAACAUGUUCAACAAGAACCAAUUACUUCUAGAGAAUGGUCUCCAAUGUUAGAUAAUGUUUCGGUUCCGCCAAAAAAUCUAACUGUAAUUUUAACAAAUAAAGAAGCAAUUAAAAAAAAGAAGAAAGAACGUAGAAAAGAAAGCAAAAAAACGAAAGAUGAAAAAAAGAGAAAAGGAAAAAGGAAUAGGACUCCACCACCAUCAAAAGAGGUUUUUGCUAGUGGAGAUAAUAUUUUGGUUAGUGUAUGUUUCAAUAAAGAUAAUGAAAAUGAUCAAACAGUUGUUCCAGAACUUCCAGAGACAAUUCCUCUAAUUUCUCCUUUAAAACGUCGCCGUAGAGAAUCUCUUCAAACUGAUCCUCCAAAACGUUCAAAAAAAGAAAAGUCAAAGGAUAAACGUUCUAAAUCUCCAAAGCCAAAAAAAGAUAAAAAGAAAAAAUCAAAAGCAGCUGAAAUAGCGGCUACGAAAAAACCAGUCGCAGUAAUUGAUUUAGAUCAAUCUCCAUUUCGGGAACAGACACCAUCUCCUAGAGAUGUGAUAAUUCUUAGUGAUGAUGAUGAUAAACAAAUUCAACAAAUCACGUCAGAUCAAUGUCAACCUUCUCAAACUUCUCCACCUAGAGAACAAUUUAUUUCUCAGGGUCCAAAAACACCUCCGGAACCACAAAUAAAAUUUUCGAUAAAUAAACAAAGCAGUAAUUUACGACCAUCAAUGCUAAAUCCGCUUUUAGAUGAGGAAGAAGAAGAAGAAAUGGAUGAAAGAGUCGAAGAAGAAUUAGAAAUGAGAGCACAAGAAGAAUUAGAAUUAAGAUUAAAAAUUGGACCAAAUACUCCUCCAGAACCUCCCACAUCUCCACCAACAAGUCCAGAUGCUUAUGAUCCAUUUGAUCCAACUAAAUCCAGAUCACCAACACCUGAUGUUAGUCAAGAAGCAAAUUCCAGCGAUGAAAGAAGAAGAUCUCCAAGAAAACAUGAUUCUGUUGAUGAUAGUAUUCUUGAAGAGGAAAAUCAAAAUCAAGAAAGGCAAAGUCAAGAAAAGCAACUAGAAAAGCCUAAAAUCAUUUCUAUGGUUACAAUCAAGAGAGCAUCUCCACAAAGAGAUGAUGUUAAUGAUAAUGAUAGCAAUAAUGAUAUUACAGUCUCGACCGGAAAUUUAGAAAUACAACAAAACCAACAAAAUGUGCAAAAUCAAAAUAAUCCUUUCACAGUGAUGAAUCCUGUUCUAGCUACUGUAGCUGCAGCAGUACAGAGAAGUGGAGUAUUUAAUGCACCAAAUUCAAAUAAUAAUCAACGUAACUUGUUACAGUCAAAUCGAAUUUCACCAACUAAUCAACAAAAACAACGUUCUGGCGAUCGUUCCCAGGCACCGCCAGUUUUUACGAAUUCAGGAAAAUCUUUAAGAGGCUCGAAAUCCGGGCAAACAAAAACAAACGGACAAAAUGGAAAUGAUGCCGGGACAGAAACAACGGAUAAUGUAGAUAUGUCAUCUCCUUAUUCUCCUGGAUCGACGCUUAGCGAUGGAAUAUUCGAUCCACCGAGUCCUACAAAUUAUAAUUCACCUAGUGCUGGAACAGGAAGUGGAGUAGGACCUAUUGGAACCCAGACUACAAAAAAUAGUAAUUCGAAAGCAGUAAAAACCACAGAAAAAAAAGAUGCUUUCGAUGCUUUAUUUGGUUCUUUACCGAUCACAAAAACUAGCACUAAAUCAAAUAGAAAUAAAAAAUCUGAAAAAGAUAAAAAGAAAAAAUCUACAAAUCCAAAAAUUGGUGUUAGAAUGGACGAAAACCAGCUUCAAAUAUUAGAUGAUCUUCCAAGUUCUGCAGUUGAAAUGCAAGUCAAGGAUAAGGUUUGGAUUUUAUAUAAAUUUAUUUCAUUUUGUUUUUUAAUUUAAAUAUUUAAAUAAAAAUAU